AUGUUCUCCAUCGGCGCCCUCCUCACCACGGCACUCGCGGCCACCGUCGCGUUCGCCAAGCCCAACCCCGCCUCGGCACCCGUCUCCCCUCGUGUCCUCGUCUUCACCAAGACCGAAGGCUUCCGUCACGACUCGAUUCCCACUGCCAUCGAGCAGCUCCGCAAGUAUGGGCCAGACUACAACAUCCUCUUUGACUUUUCCGAGGACGCGACCCUCUUCUCGGACGCCAACAUGACCAAGUAUGACGGUGUCCUCUUCGUCUCUACCUCGGAGAACAUUCUCGACGGCGACCAGCAGGGAGUCUUCACCAAGUGGCUCCAGUCUGGUGGCGUCUAUUCGGGUGUCCACCUCGCGUGUGGCACACUCCAGAACAUGACCGCGUACAAGGCUGCCGUUGGUGCUCUCUUCGACUACCACCCCGAGCAGCAGGUUGCCACCUUUUCCCCCCUCACAAAGGACCACCCCGCCACGGCCGACAUGCCCGACCAAUGGUCGUACUCGGAGGAGGUCUACUUCUUCCAGUCUGACCCCCGCGAGAUGGGUGCAACCGUCCUCGUCACUGUUGACAAGAGCAAGCUCAACAACCCUAAUGAUAGCCCUGACCAGCCGGACAUCGCUGGCACACCCCACCCUAUUGCUUGGUACAUCGAGGAGCCUCAGUACAACUACACCCUUCAGGGCGCACCCAAGCAUGGCCGCUCGUUCUUCACCUCGCUUGGCCACACCAAUGAGGUUUGGCAGACCGACACCUUCAUGUACCACGUCUUCGGCGGUCUUACGUGGGCCCUCGACGGUGCCUCGACCCGCGCUUACCAGGUGGGCAUUAUCGGCAACGACACGACCCCUCCUCCCCCGCCUCCUCCCCAGCCCGAGAACGCGACCUCCAGCUCCUCUGACGGCACGAGCAAGGCCGACGUCACCAAGAGCAGCGCGUCUCCAUCGUUUGGGUCGGCUGGGCUCCUCGCUGCCACCUUUGCUCUUGGCGCCGCCCUCCUCCUCUAA